UCUGGACCCAGUUGGCACGCUUCAGCACACCACUUGAUGAACUUUCUGUUUCAGGUGACACCGGCGCAGCCUUGGCGGAAGAGUUCAAAGAUUGAGCUUUCGCCGUCGUAACGCGUUUGAUCAGUCUACUGAAGACCAGUCUCCGCAAAUACGGAAACUGGCUAUGCAAUGGGAUGACGUCGUCUCACGCAUUCGCACACUUCCCGGUUUUUCCCGUUUUCUCCUGCCUUCCCUGUUCUCCGACCUACAGAGGGCGGCGGAAGAUGGUCCAGUCAUUAUUGUCAAUGCAAGCAAGCAUAGCUGUGAUGUCUUGAUUAUCCUCGCUGCCCAAGAUCCCAUCCACGUUCCACUCAAUAUCGCGCAAGCCGAUGUCUCUGAGUUGUCCUCCGAAUUUCAGUCCCUCGCAGAGCAAUUUGGUUCUUCUGAUCAUCAACACAAGCUUGUCGGCAUCCUCCGCAAGCUUUGGGAUUAUAUUGUUCACCCCGUAGUCCAAGUCCUUGAGAAGUCUAAAAUUCACAUUCGCUCGCGUAUCUGGUGGUGUCCCACUGCUGAAUUCGUGCUGCUCCCUCUACACGCAGCAGGACCUUACGAGAAGAAGAAAGACAAUUUGUCUCAGAUUUUCAUCUCCUCUUACACCCCAACUUUGGCGACACUCAUUCGGGCGAGACAGCAGGUUUCUCGACCUGCGUGUACGCAGCAUUUUGUCGCCAUUGGUCAAGGAAACCCGGACGCAGGGAAGGAACUGCGUUGUGUCGCUCCCGAGUUAGCGGUCGUAGCUCAGCGUCUCGACUCCGUCGUGUCCUUCACAUCGCUUGAGGACGGCGAUGCAACAGUCCAGGGUGCACUUGAUGUACUAAAUCAUAAUCAGUGGCUCCACCUAGCCUGCCAUGGGGUGCCGAAUCGACAACAACCAUUUGAGUCUUCCUUUGCAAUGCGCGACGGGCCCCUAAUGGUCAAAGACAUCAUCCGGUCUCACUGGCAGAAUCCGGAGUUCGCUUUCUUAUCAGCGUGUCACACUACCGUGGGGCAUGAGGGGAGUCCCGAUGAGUCGAUCCAUCUCGCUGCGGCUAUGCAAUUCUCUGGAUUUCGCAGUGUCAUAGGUUCAAUGUGGUCUGUGGACGACGAGGUUGCGCGCCAGGUUGUGUCUGCUUUUUGGCCACCUGGUUGAUGGUUCAGGGAGAUUGGAUUGCACACGGGCUGCGGUAGCGUUGCACAAGGCUAUGAAGUUGUUGCGCAAGAAGAUUCCACUGGAACAGCAAAUCGUAUUUAUUCACAUAGGUAUCUAGUUUUAUGGGCUGUAUUGUCGCAUUCCUUCAAUAAUCUCUGC